AGAUUGACAGAUUGGAAUCUCUGUUGGAGAUGAAAACCGCGUGCUGGUAAGAUGGUUUAUGCAACACAGUCUGAAUCCCCAAAACAAUGAUAACAGAUCUGAAAUCUCGAUGCGAAUGGUUAGUUAGUUAGUUAGUUAGUUAUGGUUCGGGCUUCGUCGGUGAAGGUUGGGUCGGCCAAGCUCGUUGUUAUCUGCGUCGGCCUCUUAGGUUUCGCCCUCGUCGCCAACUUCCUUUGGCUCUCUUCUUCUUCCUCCUCCUCCUCCUCUUUCAUUGUUCCCACCACCACCAACAUUACUAUAGCAAAGCACAACAAUGAUGCUGCUUCUUCUUUUGGAGGAGAAGGAAGAGUGCUGGCUGCGGCUUACGCCGAUUUGCCAGCUCCUCAAUUGAAGUGGCAGAAGAUGGCUUCCGCUCCUGUUCCUCGUCUCGACGGCGCCGCUAUUCAGAUCAACGAUCUUCUCUUCGUCUUCGCUGGCUACGGCACCAUUGAUCUUGUACAUUCACAUGUUGAUGUGUAUAAUUUUACCACGAAUACUUGGGGAGAAAGUUUUGCCAUGCCAAAAGAAAUGGCACACUCACAUUUGGGGAUGGUGACAGAUGGAAGAUACAUAUAUAUUGUUACUGGACAGUAUGGACCGCAGUGUAGAGGUCCUACGGCUCAUACAUUUGUGCUGGACACUAAAACAAGGAAAUGGAGGGAUAUGCCUCCCUUGCCUGUCCCUAGAUAUGCGCCAGCAACUCAACUUUGGAGGGGUAGACUGCAUGUGAUGGGUGGCAGUAAGGAAAAUCGACAUACACCUGGAUUAGAACAUUGGAGUCUUGCUGUGAAGGAUGGAAAACCGUUAGAAAAAGAAUGGAGAAGUGAGAUACCCAUUCCUCGUGGAGGUCCUCACAGGUCUUGUGUUGUGGUUGAUGACCGUCUUUAUGUUAUUGGUGGUCAAGAAGGUGAUUUUAUGGCCAAACCAGGGUCACCUAUUUUUAAGUGCUCACGCAGGCUAGAGGUAGUCUAUGGUGAUGUUUACAUGUUGGAUGAUGAGAUGAAAUGGAAAACGUUACCAUCAAUGCCAAAACCAAACUCGCAUAUUGAAUUUGCUUGGGUGGUUGUAAACAACUCCAUUGUCAUUUCUGGAGGCACAACAGAGAAGCAUCCUGUAACCAAGAAGAUGGUUUUAAAUGGAGAAGUAUUCCAGUUUAAUUUGAAUACUUUGAAGUGGUCAGUGAUUGGGAAAUUGCCAUUCCGAGUGAAAACUACUCUAGUUGGAUUUUGGAAUGGUUAUUUGUACUUCACCUCAGGACAAAGAGAUAAGGGACCUGAUGAUCCAUCACCGAAGAAAGUCAUUGGAGAGAUGUAUAGAACAAAAUUAAAAUUAAAUGUGUGAUCACUUGCUGGGGAAACCUUUAGUAUCCUCUUACUGAUCACAAAUUGCAGCAGAAGCUGAGAGCCCAAAAGAUUACACACAUUCUUUGUCACUGGAAUAUUCAUUGUUGUAAUUCACCUAGGAAAGUAACUGUAAUUCAUUCAACAAUAUAGUUUUUAAGAGUCCUAUUAUUUUUUUUAUUCAGAAUUUUUACCUUUUCGGCUUUUGUAUACCUUUCACUUAUAUAGUAUAGUUUUGAGUUUAAAGACACCGAACAUUCAAGUAAAUAUUACCGAGACACCUAUUUGAAACCUUUACUUAUAAGGGAA